AUGAUCUCCCUAUUCAUGCUGUCAGUGAUGGGCAUUAUUACAAGUUUCUGGGAUACUAUGAAACUCAUUUUGAAAUAUAUGCAGAUACAUUCUUUUUGGUCCUUGGGUUUCCAGAACGAUUCUCCUCCAAGAACCAAACUGAGAUUUCUGGAACCUGACAGAGUGAUUCCUACCAGUGUCAAUUAUCACUUCACCAGGCAGUGCAAUUAUAAAUGUGGAUUCUGCUUCCAUACAGCGAAAACAUCUUUCGUGCUACCCCUGGAAGAAGCCAAGAAAGGACUUUCCCUGUUGAAAGACGCAGGUAUGUCAGCAAAAGUUGUGAUGGUUUUUCUAUCAUCUGCUACUGUUUUUAUUGUUGGCAUUUAUAUAGCGCCAACGUAUGCUGCAGCACUGUGCAAUAUAAUAAAAAGGGGGAAAUUUUACAAUAAAUGAGACAAUUACAAUAUGUUACAAUAGGUUGAUGAUGACUCUGCUCAAACAAGUUUACAGCCUACAGGUGUUACUUUGUAUAUAUAGAUAGCUAGUCAGGGGUUUAUCUGCUAAACAUUGGGCAGGGGGGAUUAUCUGCUAAACAGUGAAAAGUUUAGUGAAUCGUCAAAGAAGAGAAAAACUUUUAAAAGAUCUAAUUUGUGAGUAAAGACACUUUGUGGCCAUGUUAAGCUAUAUUUUUAGUUUGGAUGUCAAUUCUCUUCACUUCUCUCUGUCUAAGGGACUAAUUCUGUUGGAUGUAUUUACUAAGGUCUGCAUUGUAGCUAGUUCUAAAUCCAAAUGGAAACAUUUAGGCUAAAUUGCAAUUUGGGAUAAUAAAAUUCACCUUUACUCUAUAAACAGCUUGGAUAUUUUACUCUUAUUUUUUAUUAGGAUUUCAGUUUGUUAAAGGACCACUAUAGGGCCAGGAAAACAUACUCGUUUUCCUGGCACUAUAGUGCCUUGAGGGUGCCACCACCCUCAGGGUCCCCCUCCUGCCGGGCUGGAUGGAGAAGAAGGGGUUAAAUUUACCUCUUUUUCCAGUGCCGGGCGGGGAGCUCUCCUCCUCCUCUCCGCCUCCUCUCCGCCUCCUCUCUGCCUCCUCUCCUCUUCUUUGGCUGAAUGCGCAUGAGCGGCUGGAGCGGCGCACGCAUUCAGCCAGUCCAUAGGAAAGCAUUCACAAUCAAUUCACAGUGAGAAGUGCGUAAGCCCUCUAGCAGCUGUCAAUGAGACAGCCACUAGAGGCUGGAUUAACCCUAAUUUAAACAAAGCAGUUUCUCUGAAACUGCUAUGUUUAUAAAAAAAAGGGUUAAACCUAGCUGGACCUGGCACCCAGACCACUUCAUUAAGCUGAAGUGGUCUGGGUGCCUAUAGUGGUCCUUUAAUAUUCGAAGUUUGGUGAAUAAUCUCAUGGUCAAAUAGUAUUUUUAUAGGUGUGAAAUUCCUGCUUGAAUAAAAGUGGUUGAAUUAAGGAUGACGGAUAUUUGCACAAAUUUGCAUGAAUAAGCACUUUUUCUUGAGAAAUUUUAUUAAUCUUUAUUAAGAUAAGUCACACUAAGCGCUCCACCAACUACUGUUGAAGUUACUAAAGGAAUAAUGUUAAGGUGUUUGAACAGCUAAUCUAAAUUAUUGUUUACAUAAUCACUCAUUUAUAAAUUUAAAAGUCUUUAAACCACAUAUGACUAUCCCCCCGCCCGUCCUCUGUCUGUAUGUCUGUCAAGGCAUCCGUCUGUCUAUCUAAAGCUGUAUUUACUGAACCAUAUUGCUAUUGCAAACUGAUUUAAUGAUUGCCUGCAUCUAAAAUAUCUUAUUUAAAAAAACAAAAACAAAACCAGCUUUGCUACAGAAGCAACUUGGAUAUUUUAUUCUUAAUUUUCUUCAUUAGGAAUUCAGUUUGGUAAUAUUUGAAUUUUGGUGACUGAACACUAAGUCCUAGAGAAUUCUCAUGGUCAGAUAGAACAUAUAGGUGUGGCUUUAAUUGAUAUGGUGACAGGAGUUAUUGGACACUGUCCCAGAGUGAAACUGUAUUUGAAUAAUUUGACACUUACCUAGGUGCAAUUUCUCUUCUGUUUUUCUAUAAUAUCACUAAGCAAUAGCAAUUCUAGUUUGGAACAAAUGUUUGUCCAAAGUUGUCAAAAUGCUAAUGCAAAAGGAGAACUUCAGCUUUAACAAUAUCACAGGAGACCAAAAUCACUAUGGGUACCCAGGGAACCCAGGCAAGAGUCAAACUGUUUAAUAAUGGUUAUGAUACCAUAACUAUUACAACACAUUGUAGUGCUUAUAGUGAUUAGAGCUCCCUUUGAAUUGGGUAACCUUCCUGAAGCUGGCCUUGUUGUCUAAAGACAAAGUAUCAAGUUGUUUUACUUUUUUCCCUUUUGUCUUCCUUUGUUUUAGGCAUGGAAAAAAUAAACUUCUCAGGAGGAGAACCAUUCCUUCAGGAAAGAGGACAUUUUGUUGGGAAGAUGGUUCAAUUCUGCAAACAGGAAUUGAAAUUGCCAAGUGUCAGCAUUGUGAGCAAUGGGAGUAUGAUAACCGAGAGGUGGUUCAAAAUGUAUGGUAAGUACAAGAAAUGUAUUCAAUCUAUUAUUUUUUUUAUCUCUAGCUUUAUUUGUGCCCUAAUUAUCAUUUUUUAUUAUACACCAUUUUGGGGGGAAAAGUAAGGGAUUUCUGAAAUUUCGGGUGCUCUUUCCAACAGAAAAGUCAUUUUGCAUAACUUUUUUCUGCCACCAUAAAUUUGUUUGUCUUUUGAAAUUACAAAUUACAAUGAGUGAAAAACAAUGUAUAUCACCUGUUCACUUUAUUUAACUGCUCCAUAAUGACACCUGCGCACAGGCAUGACUAAACUUGGACAACCCCUCCUGUCGUGGCUGCACCGCUUCCUCUUUAGACUCUGCGUUUUCCUCGUAGAACACCACCUCUUAGUAUUUCAUCCUUUUAAGCACACCCACUCUUACUGAGCCAUACAUGCACUUAUUGGCACAAGCACUGAUUCACUGACAGACAUACAGUCAUUGGCUCCCACACUGUUUAACCAACACACAGUUUCACUAAAAGACACACACUGACACACCCACUCACUGACAGAACACACUCUCAGAUAUAUAUACACUCAAUGACAGACACACAUCCUCACUGAUUUGACACACUCUGACAGACACACACACAUUCACUGACAGACACUCACUGACAGACACUCACUGACAGAAAUAAACACAUUGACACAUACACACUCACAGACACAUACACACACUUCCACAACCCAUUGAUUUGACACUCAGUAACAGACACACAUAUUCACUGACAGACACACACACACACACAUUCACUAACAGACAGUGGAGUGCCUGGACCCUUUUUCUAAUACUGGUAUUUAUUAUCUUCUGGGCUUGUGCUGGCCUUGGUUCAGCUAAGCACCCUCUCUUAAGUGAAUUGAGUGUGGUUCUUUUUUCAUUUUUGCAAAGACACACACUGACACUCUCAUAGACAUCACUGACAGAUACACACACACACACACACUUUCUCUCUCACACAUGCUUACACACUUUUUUUAUUGUUAUGUUCCUUUAUGUUCACCCAGCCUCUAUCUUUGUCCCUGGGGUCCAGUGUGACUGCUGUGGGGAUCCAGUGUGGCGGCAGGGUGUGUGCGCAAUGGAGUCGCCGAGGGGUCUGUAAUCUUCUUGGGAGCAGAGCAAGAAGAUUACAGCUCCCUCACUGGCUCCAUUAUGCACACACCCGCCCUCCCCGCUGGGGCCUAAGGCAGCUCUUGGGCACCCCUUGACAGGCAGAAGUCAUGGAACACUGGGAGAGGGGUGUGUCCAAGUGGGCUUACAGGCUGUUUUUUGCCACCUCCUUGAAAGUACCACCAAUGGGAAUUGCCUUGUUUGCCUUGGGAAGAAUACAGUGAUGCCUGCACACAUACUUGGUGAUGAUGGACAAACAGGGCAUGCCCACCUUUUACAUUUCCCACAAAUCACCAGUUCACUUUAAUAACAGUGAAGACAGGAUAUUGCUGGACUCCUCUCUAGUAUCUUAAUAUAUAACUUUUAAAAUGUAUAUAAUAUAUAUUGGUGCACUUAAUGACAAAAUUAAAUUAUACUGGAUAGUAUUGACAGGAAAUUAUAGUGGAGGAAGCACAUAGCAAUAAUGCCUGUCACAAAUACAAAGAUUCUCAAAAGAGCAUCACUCUUGGGUUAAACAUAGAAAGAUUUUACAUUUGCAUUCUUGUAAUAUGUAAAUUAUUAUCAUUUUUAGAAUUAGGCAACUGCCCCGCUUUACUUAAAAUUGUAUUCCUGUGUAUUCUGGAAAAUUUGCUGUAGUAAAACAAUUAAAAAUGACUUGUAUGGCACUACUGAUAUUAUUUUUUGUUGAGUCAUAUUUAUUGUAUUUCAUUGUUUUCUUUUCUUUUCUUUUUUUUGUUAGGUGAAUAUCUAGAUAUCCUUGCUGUAUCAUGUGAUAGCUUUGACGAGGAGGUGAACAAAUCUAUAGGCCGGGGUCAAGGAAGCAAAAAUCAUGUGGAAAAACUAAUGAAGAUCAGGAAAUGGUGUCAAGAUUACAAUGUGGCUUUCAAAAUAAAUUCUGUCAUUAACCAUUUUAAUAUGGAUGAGGACAUGAGCGAGCAAAUUGCACAGAUAAACCCAAUACGCUGGAAGGUACAUUAUCCACUAUUAUGGAUUACUAUUAUGUUAAUGAAUUCAUGGUAUAAGGAUUUAAUUUUGUUUUAAAUUGUAGGCAUGGAGCGAUCUGGUUUAUAAUGUUGGGAUCACUUAUUUUUCUUCUUAUCCAUUUAAUGUUACCACUUCAUCCCAACAUGUAGGGCCCUCCCAAAACACGUGUACCCUGGUAAAGACACAGUGUGACCCGAUCACUUACAAAAUGCAUUAUGGCCCCGAAGAUGCCUUAUAUUGAAGUCAGUCCAUUUUCUAAUCUGAGAAGACCCAAACAUUGCUUUUCUCACCUCAUGUUCUGUGGGCAGCAAGAGUAGUACCCAGGUGGAGACAAUCAGCUUACCCUUUUACUCAAUCCAUUGCUGAUAAUAUAAUUUUUUGCCAAUGCUAAUAAUGCUAUGGUGUUUUUACCCUCCUGUAUGGUAUAUUAUGCAUACUACACCUACCCUGAAUGCAUCAAUCACUUGUUUUUAAAGUAAAAUGUGAAACUAAUAAAGCAUUGCUCUCCUGUUGCAUUAUAUUAAAACGAGCACCUUGUAUUUACAGGUAUUUCAGUGCCUUAUUAUUGAGGGUGAAAAUUGUGGGCAAGAUGCCUUACGACAAGCUGAGAAAUUUGUCAUCAGUAAAGAAGACUUUAAAAAUUUUCUGAACCGCCAUAAAGACAUUAAAUGUUUAGUUCCUGAAUCUAAUGAACAGGUAUUUUCUGUUUCUUUUAAUUACAUUUAUUGUCCCCAGUGGCAUCUCUAGUCCUAAUAUAGUUAUAUUGGUACGAGGAUGUAUGUUUGCCUCUCAUACCAGACUGGUGGUGUUAUUACAAUUUUUAAAAUUAUCUUUUUUUUUCCCAGGAUGAAAUAUUUUUCUUUGUUGUUUUUUUUUUUUUUUUUAAAGUUCCUCUUUUGUUUGUUUGGUUUGUUCAUUAAUCAAACCUUACGUCUACCCUGAAGCCUUCAUAAAUGUCCACCUAUGUCCACCUAUUAAUAACAUUCCACGUACAUGAUUAGGCCUCAUGGACGAUACGUUGUAUCUUUUUUUCUUUAUCUUUAUGGUUUAAGAAACCCUUUCUUUUUUUGUGCACUACAAUGUGAUGCAUGUGGACCUCUAUUCACAGCUUUUUUAGGGUGGUUUGCAGACCUCUAACACAGUGCUCCUCUGUACUUUUUAUUGUAUCUCAACACCACUUAGAUACUGGUCUAUGUUAUUAGCUCAACCCUGUUUUGAGGUCAGUAUAGUCGUGUAUUUUCCAGAUUUGCCUUUUUAAACCAUAGUGAGAGGAAGGGGCCACAGCGAGCCACUGACUCAUCAUUUAAAAUAUGAUAGUCCAUUUGAGCCAUUUUUUUUUAAUCCACUUCCAUAGCUUUUAUAUACACUUAUAUAGUUAUAAAUGUAAUGGCUAUCAUAUUAUAACUCAUCUAUUAUAUAUUAAUAUAUUUUUUAUGUUUUUAUAUUUUCCACAGAUGCGGGAUUCUUACCUUAUCUUGGAUGAAUACGUAAGUUAUUUACGAUCACAAUUAUAUAGUUUAUGGUCAUUUUGAUACACACCAGUGUCCAUUAGUGGACAGCAAAAAACAUUUAAAACGUGUAAAAAAUUACCACUUAAGUUAAAAACACACUCCUGUCCUUUAAAACUCUGGCAACCUUGUGAAUAUUUUUUGAAUAGCAGAGUUUAACUACCUUGAGGCUUUCAGGAACUUGGGUCCUCAUUUUCAUGACAACCUGUUUUUUUAAAAUGUUUUGUUCACCUCUUGUUUUCUCACCUUUUCCUCCUUCUAUCCUACCCUUUAAGGGUUGUUCCUUAAUUAGAGUAUUGUUAUGUUUAAUUAGUCAAAACUUACGUUAAAUAUUCCUUUAAUAUGUGCCGAUGCUAUUAUCCAACCUUGUCACCUUGUUACCAAAUAAAAAGAAUGUUCUAAUUAUUGAACUACUGAACAUUGGAUAUACAUACCAUUUUUUUUUCUAUUUUUUUUCUAUUUGAUAUCAUAAAAUAUUUAACAAAUCACAUUUUUACAUUUUCAGAUGCGUUUCCUGGAUUGCAGAAAUGGGCGAAAGGAUCCUUCCAAAUCCAUCCUGGAUGUGGGAGUUGAAAAUGCAAUUAAAUUUAGUGGAUUUGAUGAAAAGAUGUUCUUUAAAAGAGGAGGAAAAUAUGUUUGGAGCAAAGCAGACUUAAAGUUGGACUGGUGAUGGUGUAACUAUGGCAAAGGAUAAAAUUGACUUUUUUUGGUCAAUGUCAAGCAGUACUGAGAGAGCACUGACAAUUAUUUUAAAUCUACCUUAAAUAAUACAGAGGAACACUACAUUAUUUUCCCCUUUACCUCAUGGGCACAACUUAGAAACAUAGAAUGUGACGGCAGAUAAGAACCAUUUGGCCCAUCUAGUCUGCCCAAAGGUCAUCUUUGC